UUUUCAAAGUUCCAUUGGUAUCACGGAACUGUUGUAUUUAAGCCCAGUUUCCGACCGGAGAAUAAUAUUGGGAACACGAAAUGGCGACUUUCUUGUUUCGCAUAGGACGAUUGGGUUCUCUCAAGCGUCUCCAGUUGGAGAACUUGGGAAUCCUGAAUAGUUCCCCAGCUGCUUCGUUCUGCACCAAGACUGAAAAACCAGCAAAACCUAGGAAGAAGACCAAGACUGCAGCAGAGGCUCCAGAUGAGAGAGCAAACCUGUUAGCCUACAAGACAGCAGUUGCCUUCCCAGUUAGACUUUCAGGGCCUGGAUGUUUCCCAGCACAGUCUGUAGAUGGAACGGGACCAGCGGUUGUCUCCACUGCAGAAAGCAUUGUAGCUGCACAAGCCAUCACUCCUGUUACUGCUGCCAGUGAGCAAGUAGCUGCUGAACCAGCAGCCGACUCCGAUUCAGACUCUACCGACUCCGAUUCAGACUCUACUGACUCCGAUUCUGACUCUGACUCUGAGGAUGAGAAGAAGAAAGAAAUCAAGGGCUUUGCACCAGAGGCAGAACCCCAGAGGAUCACAGUCACAGGAGUAAAGGCAGGCACUAACGAAGCUCAGAAUGAAUAUGGGGCUCCUAUCACACCUGGUGUAGAAACACCAGCACCCUUAGGAGCAGCUCAAGCUACAGUGAAGGUACCCAGCAUUGGUUUUGAGAAGCUGGUGAAGUCAGGCCCUGAAAUCAUCACUCGAGAGGUGACCGGGUCUGAUGUUUCAGCCAAAACUGCUGCAGGAGUGAUAAAAGAUGCUGCAUUUCCUGUUGAUGCUCAAAUAGAAGCUCCGGGCGAAGCCGUUGGUGAGGCUCUAAAAGACCCGAGGUCUUCCUCUGCUGAAGCUGCUGCUGUGGCUGGAGGUGAAGCUGCUGAAGCUGGAACAGAAGACACCCUUCCUGCUGAAGCUGCUCCUGUGGCUGGAGGCGAAGUUGCUGAAGCUGGAACAGAAGACGCCCUUCCUGCUGAAGCUGCUCCUGUGGCUGGAGGCGAAGCUGCUGAAGCUGGAACAGAAGACGCCCUUCCUGCUGUAGCUGCUGCUGUGGCUGAAGCUUCAGUCUGUGCAGGGAGCACCGAGGAGCAGAUGGACCUUGCUCCUAUUGUAACUGAAACUGCAGGAGAGGAACUGCAGACAGAGGCCACAGCUGAACACUCUAAGGAAGCUGCGGCCGUGCCUUCGGAGCCAGAAGAACUGUUUGAUAACAGCACUUACAAAAACUACCAGCACCACAGCUACAACCCCUACACAUUCGCAGACCUGGAUGUGCAGAUGGCCAAGUUUCGUCUCCCUCAGCCCUCCUCUGGCAAGCCUUCACCCAGGCACUAAAAAGAGUUGAUAUGACCAUAAGUUAUGGCUUAAAGAUGACAGUGAUGGCAGUGUGUCCUUUUUUCAUUUUCCCCCUACUUCUGUUGUUUUUAAAGUAAAUCAUUAAAGUCCACACAUAAGAA